AAGGCGAUCCUUGAAAUGAGUAAGACUCCGGAGUUGUUAAAGUUUUCAAAGCGCGGCAGCGGCUCUUGGGGAAAAGGAAGCGAGUUGGAGGGAGCCUGGCCAAGCAGAGGAUCGUGCUGAGCUGAACUCAGCUGGGGUUACGAGCUCAAGGCAAGAAUUCUGACGCUCCCAAAGAGACUGGAUUUGCCUCCUUGGCUCAGCUCACCCUACAAUGCGGACUUUGCCCCUCCAGGUCAGGACUGGAGUUUUAAAAUAAAAUGGAUGAUUUGACGUUACUUGAUCUUCUGGAGUGCCCCGUGUGCUUUGAAAAGCUCGAUGUCACAGCCAAAGUCCUCCCUUGCCAGCACACCUUCUGCAAACCAUGUCUCCAGAGGAUUUUCAAGGCCCACAAGGAGCUGAGGUGCCCCGAAUGCAGGACCCUGGUGUUUUGCAGCAUCGAGGCACUGCCGGCCAACCUGCUCCUCGUGCGUCUUCUAGAUGGUGUGCGCUCAGGGCAGAGCUCGGGAAGAGGGGGCUCCUUCCGCAGGCCUGGCGUGCUGACCCCGCAGGACAGCAGGAAAAGCAGGACUAACCCUAGAGGUCUGCAGUCCAGCCCUUUCCGGCUGGUGCCUAAUAUCAGAAUCCACAUGGAUGGGGUGCCUCGAGCAAAGGCCUUAUGCAACUACCGAGGGCAGAAUCCCGGUGACCUGAAGUUUAAUAAGGGAGACGUCAUUCUUCUCCGGAGACAGCUGGACGAGAACUGGUACCAGGGCGAGAUCAGUGGAGUCAGUGGGAUCUUCCCAGCCAGCUCCGUGGAAGUUAUCAAGCAGCUGCCCCAGCCACCCCCACUCUGCCGAGCCCUCUACAACUUUGACCUACGAGACAAAGACAAGAGUGAGAACCAGGACUGCCUGACCUUCCUCAAGGACGAUAUCAUCACUGUGAUCAGCCGAGUGGAUGAGAAUUGGGCAGAAGGCAAGUUAGGGGAUCAAGUAGGCAUCUUUCCCAUCUUGUUCGUAGAGCCAAACCUCACAGCAAGACACCUCCUAGAGAAGAACAGAGGCCGGCAGUCAGCCCACACAAAGAGCCUGUCCCUGGUGCCCUCAGCCUCCCGAGGCAAAGCAGCCCACACGCCCACGCUGCGAAGGGGCCCUGGGUCCAGGAGGAAGGGGCCCGGCCAGUUCUCCAUCACAACAGCCUUGAACACUCUCAACAGGAUGGUUCAUUCUCCCUCGGGGCGCCAGACGGUGGAUAUCAGCACCCCGGUGCUCAUCAGCUCCAGCAACCCCUCUGUGAUCACCCAGCACGUGGAGAAAGCAGAUGUUCCUCACAGCUCUAUGGGGCAGGUCAGCGCUUACCAUCCUGUACCUGCCUCCCCAGGACAUUCCACGGCCAUCGUCAGUCUGCCUGGCUCCCAGCAACACCUCUCAGCGAACAUGUUUGUGGCCCUGCACUCCUACUCAGCCCACGGACCGGACGAGCUGGACCUACAGAAGGGAGAAGGCAUCAGGGUCCUGGGCAAGUACCCGGACGGCUGGCUCAGGGGCGUCUCCUUGGUCACUGGGCGGGUCGGCAUCUUCCCCAACAACUAUGUCAUCCCCAUUUUCAGAAAGACAUCUAGUUUUCCAGAUUCUCGGAGUCCUGGUCUCUACGCCACAUGGACAUUAUCCAACUCCUCUGUGUCCUCCCAAGGCAGCAUUUCAGAAGGUGAUCCCCGGCAGAACCGUCCCUUCAAGUCCGUCUUUGUGCCCACUGCCAUAGUCAACCCUGUGAAGAGCAUGGCCAGCCCGGGGACUGUAGGACAGGGCUCUCUGCGGAAAUCCGGGCGGAGCAGCAUGAGAAAGAGUAAGUGGUGGCAGAGAGAUGGAUCCCUGCAGAGACCCAUCCCGUCAGGGAUCCCCGCCCUCGUGGUGGGCUCCCUCAGACGCAACCCCACCAUGGUCGUUCGGCCUCAGCAGUUCCAGUUCUACCAGCCGCAGGGGGUCCCCUCCUCACCCCCAACAGUGGUGUCAGAACUGGGACCUAAGCCCACUCCCACUGGGGAGCCUGCCCUCACGUGCGUCAGCAGGGGCAGCGACACCAGGAUCCGCUCCGCAGCCAGUUCCCUCAUCAUGGAAGGCAAGGAAAUCCCCAUCAAGAGUGAGCCUCUGCCUAAACCACCUGCAUCUGCUCCACCAUCGAUCCUGGUGAAACCAGAAAACUCAAGAAAUGGCGUCGAAAAGCAAGUCAAAACCGUGAGAUUUCAGAAUUACAGCCCUCCUCCUGCCAAACAGUACACCUCGCAUCCCACCUCAGGAAAGCCUGAACAGCCCACCACCCCUAAGGGGUCCCAGCCUGAAGCAGCCCCCUCAAGCCCAGAGAUGACCGUCCUAUUCGCCCAUCGAAGCGGCUGCCACUCCGGACAGCAGACAGACCUCCGAAGGAAGUCAAGUUUGGGCAAGACCAUGACCCCGGUGUCCACUGCUUCGGCCACACAGACCGUGUUUCCCAGCAAAUGAAUCUACGGGUGGCUUUUCCCAGACCCCAAAGAGACCCUGCCUUGGUCAUCUUCCCAGGAGGAGCUAGCAACAACUGGGAUACUGAAGAGGACAAAUGAUCUGCUUGGAUGGAAACUGCUCAGUGGAGAGUUUGUGGACCAUGUGAUAGUCCUCGGACAUCAGGGUUGGUACCGGAGUACCAACAGGCCGGCCUCUGGGACAGAAGGCCAAUAGGAGAAGGAACACAUCUGUCUUCAUCCAGAGCAUUGUGGGUGGUGAGCCAGCAUGGGGAACAGCACAUGACUCACAGGCUGUUCCAGGUUACUCCCACCCCUUCUGCUAUUCUGUCUUUUGUCAGAGCCAAACUGUAUCUUGUCAGUUUCUCCCACCCUUGGCACCUAACUGACAAAUGAAAAGACUAGACAUCAAAUUCCUUCCAGCUCUAUGACUGACCAGUCUGUGCAGCUCACCUUUGGAGCAGCGCAGGCAGGGGAUGGUAUGAUAUUCUCCUCUUGGUUAUUCAAGCCAGAGAGGUCAGUGCCUCUUCACAAUGCCCAUGACUUUAACCCCCUCUCCUGACUCCCACCAAGUAUCCUGAGUCUUUCCACCAUAUCUGUGUUCUUUUCCAAUCUGAUUCCAUGCUAUCUUUCCCCCACAACACUGUCUGAUCAAGAGGGUUUCUGUUAGGACAUACUGAUUAAAGAAAUGAGGGCUUGAUACAUAAAGAAUUUCAGAAGAAAAAUCCAUGAUGUAAUAAGAGAGCUACCACAGACUACAGAGAGGCUACUCAAAGUCUAAAGAUAUAAAAUUACUUAUAACUAUGUAUUCUUUUUUGCUCAGAAACAAGUCAUUUUAAAGGGCAAGUCAUUAGAGAUCUUCUAUGCCUGGUUUUAAAACUAGAAUACAAAUGUUUAAAAUUAGAAUACAAAUGUUACACCCAGCGUGGGGCUCAAACUCAAUCCUGAUAUCAAGAGUCACACACUCUCCUGACUGAGCCAGCAAGGUCCCCCUACCCUAAAAUACAAAUUGUAAAUUAUCUGUGUUAACUACAGAGAGCCACGGUACCGAUAAAUGCAAUUCAAAAGUACCCUAAGACUCUUCGAGCCAUACAUUUCAUCUUCUCCCCUAUAUUAAGACAUCAAUGAGAAUUUAUUUUUAAAAGCACAUGCUGCCCUGAUUAUUAAAGACAAUGACAAGAACACAGCAGUAUUUGGAUACAUUGGUUGUUUGAAAGCUCAGGAUUACACUUUGCACUGAAACCGCCUCAGCCUUUCAUGCAGUCCUGCUUGUAAGCAGGAGCAAGCAUCAGCCAAAACAAGCAGAGUAAGGAAUAUUUUGUGGUUACAGGAAUGUUUUCUUCUAUGUGAAGUUGCCGCAUGCAGGGCUCAAACCAGCACCCAUCUCUUAAUUAAAUGAGUAACUGGGACGUUUUAGCCACACCCUCCUCUCAGAUAACCCCAGGCGAAAGUGAUAAUAAGCAACAACAACUCCAAAGUAUUGGCUUUAUCUGCCCGGUGGUGAGUGAGAAGCUAAAAGGUAUGGAGAAACCACAGAAAGGAUAAUUCAGGGAUGACACUGCCUCUCACACGUGGUCAGUGAUGCUGUUGCCAAUUGUCUGUCCUCGCUUCUUAACUCCUCUGACUCAAUGUUGGUUCCAUUUCCUCUGGGAUGAAUUCAGGUUCGGUUGGCUCCUCUUUAGCCCCAGCAGCAAAGGAUCUAGAAAUGCUGCCUUAAGAUUCUGGAAUCUACUUGUUACUACCAUGAGGCCUUACAGCCCACCUAUAAUUAAGUUUCAGUGACUUCAUUUUCCAGAGAAAAGUCAUUCGAAUGUCAGAGUUGGAAGGAAUUUUACUUUUAUAGAUGAUGCUUGGAAAGGUAAAGUACAGGCAAACUGCCCACACAAAAGCAAGUUGUAUAAAUUGGGGGUGGCAGUGGACACACAACAACUUUAAGUACCCAGAAACCAUUAGACCACAUUAGCUAAUUAGACCACAAUUAGCUAAGUCUUGUGUUCAAGGGCCUCUCAUUCCCAUGUGCUUCCUCUCACAUUUUCUUUCUUCUUCUCCCAUUGACAGCAACAAGAAAUCACCACUCCUAAUUUGUACACUUGCUGUUUUUUAAGUCUCUGGGAAUUUUCCAUGACUUAUCAAGUGGAGGAUUUCAUGGACAUUUAGCCUUUCCUUUGACUCUGCUUAGCUAAUAGACCAAAUAUUUCUUUUUUAACAUUAAAUGAAGAAUCUGGUUUCUUGCCAGCCAAACAGAGGCUUAAGAAAAGCACCCCCACUCUCCUUGUUUCCUAAAGUUAUCAUCUCUGGACUGUCAAUUCCACCAUACAGAUUCUACCAUAGAGAUUCCAAGAAGUCAUGGGCCAAAAAGUGGUGGAAGGAGUGGGGAAGUGGGUGAGGAUGAAUGAAAAUGAUCAGAAUGAGGUCAGCCCAGAAGUUUGCCCUAGAAUAGUUUGCUAACCAGAGAGUCUAAGUUUCACCCUCUGGAAUUGUUGCCUCUUAUUCCAUGUGGCUCAGGGAGAAGAUGUCGUUUAGAGGAAAAAGCAGAAAGACAUUCACUCCCCCAUGGAAAUGUAAGCAGAGAACCUAUAGACUCUUGUGUCUUGUUUUAACUACAGUGUUUUUAAUAGAACAAAAGAGAAUCUUGAUGAGAUAAUACAUAUGUGAGUGAUGUUUAUAAAAUAGGGUGUAAAAUCUUAACCAUUAUGGACUACCGUAUAAGUAAAGCUUAGAUAUAUAAAAUAUAGAAACUUAUAAAAAUUAUUUUAUAGAGCAAGGGACACUUAAGGACUUCCAAAGUUUUCAUAUCUUUGUUCCAAAACAUAGAAAGUUCCAAGGCUGGCAGCUUAUUUCUUUAGUAUAUUCCACUGUAAAGGCAAGAAGUUUAGUGGGGUUUUAUGUGUUUUCUAGUUUUGUAAUUUCUAAUAAUCCGUAUGGAUUACUUUGAAAUGUCCAUUGCUUGUGUGUCCUUGUUGUUUGCCCACGUGGAGUCAUCAGAGAUCUGUUCCACACUUACAUUUUCGGAAAACCAAAAGAAAUUUUCUAGUGAAAAGAAAAAUACAUAGAACAUGCCUUCACUGUUGGGAAACCCUUGAAUUUGUACCACUGACAGCUCUUUGCAGGUCUGAGGAAAUGGGAAGUUUAAUACGAGAGUUGUGUGUUGGUUCACUUUUCUCCUGGAAAGAAAGCACGUAUUUUUGGUCCUUCUUUUCUUGUACUUGAUGUGUUCUGGAGGAAACCAGAAGUCAGGACCCGAAGCUGCCUUGCUUUGGCACCACUCUCCACCAUUAGCUUUCAAAGAACUGUCCACAUACUAAUUCUGUUUUCUGCUCCAUGAUUUGGUGGUAGAACCACUGAUUUUUGGAGCCCAGAGUUUUGUUUGGGUUUCUGGCUCUAAUGAAGUGUUGAGUUUGCUCUUUACCAGCCAGACUAAGGAGAAGAAGCCAUGGGAAAAAGGGGUCCCCUCGCUGGACAGGUCCACUUGCAGCUCCCACCAGUACAGGGGACCCACGCCAGAGAUCAGGGCCCGCAGUACCGUCUGUUCUCCAUGCAGGGAGGCGCCCAUCAUGCCAAAGUGGGGACAUUACCCAAGUCCCCUUCGUCAGAACUGUAUACUGUUCCCAGCUGUAAGCUUGUGAAGCCCAAUGUUUGUUUUAGCAUGGAACAAUAAAACCGGUUUCAUUGUCCCUCGGGCCUGGUUUUUUCAGUAGCUGGCUUGGAGGGGGAACAUGUUAUCAUAGAUUAAAUAUCAACACUGAGCAUUUGAUUUUCCCAGAGGGCAUUGAUGCCUGGAAGCUGCUCUGGACAUCCAAAAGGGAGGGCCAGGAGGAGAGGAAUCAUUUUGUCAGACGGGAACAGCUGAGGAUCUGUGGGGAUGGCCACCACAACCUCCAGAGCUCCUCCCCAGGCUGGGUUCAUGUCUGGAGAGCAGACUCCCAGCUGGGACAGCCACUCCAGCCCAGGAAGACCUCUUGGCCAGAAGCCUUCUCCACUUGCUUAGUGCAGAGGUCAAGAGCACAGCCUCAAGAACCUAAUUGCCUGUCACCUAACAGUUAUGUGUCCGUGGGCAAAUCACUUAACUGCUCUGUGGCUCAGGUUCCUUUUCUGGAAAAUGGAGCUAUAACAGCAUCUUCUUGAGGGGUGAAGGAAUUAAAUGUCUUAAAACACAUAGAGCACUUUGAACAGUACCUGGCAUAAACAACUAGCCACUAAAAUGGGUUUCACCACCUUCAAAAUGUUUGCCACGUCCACCAAUCACCCACACUGUUAUUUACUUAAUAUUAUUUGAAUGGACUCAAUUUUAAUCUAAAAUUUAAUUGAAAAGAAAACUUUAUAUCCCAGCUGUAAAUGGAAAACUAACAUAAUUUGCUGUGAAUAUAAGGUAGCAGUUAAACUGUUACAACAACUCCUAUUUACCGAGUCCGCUCUACUUGCCAGGCAGUGUGCUAAGAGUCCUGGCUUGUUAGAAUCCUCACAGCCCUCUGAGGUCAGCAUCUUCCUUUUACAGAUGAAGACACUGAGGCACAGAGGCAUUAGUAAAUUUGCCCGUAGUUACACACACAGUAAAUGUAGGAGGCAGCUCAGGCUUCAGGACACAGGCUCCACAGCCCUGUUGUGUUCUGCUGCCCUAGCAAAAGCAAGCGCGUUCCAUUCCUGUGCUGACGGGCAGCACCGGGUUCGCAGCACUGCGGUAAUCGAGGGCCACAAACUGGCUGGUUUACAGCGGUGGAAACUUAAUCUCUCCCGGGUUC